GCGUGCUAUUUUCUCUGUAAUUUAAUCAUACUGUGGGUUAUUUUUAUCUGUAGAAUAGCGAAAAUUGGUUAAUAUUAAAUGUAGGACCUAUUAUUUGUUACACCAUUGGGAUAGUCGAGUAAAACUCACAGUAGGACCAAACAGAGACAGAUGGCGUGAAAGCAGCGUACGGAGAAGUUAAAAAGUGUUAUUGUUUACAGCAUUUAAAUCUCUCUGGACUUCACUGACAUAAUAUCUCAGAAUUAAAAACAAGGUCUUUUUAAAAACUGCUACAAUGGACGCCCUGCAGAGGAGAGUGGUUCAGGAGGACAUGGUUCAGUACAAACUCUUCUUGAUCCAGCCAGACGGUUCAACUUCACAGCAGUCUGAGGAACAUCUCACACAUCUAGUGGAGGAAGUUCUGGCGAAGGUUGCCCCACUCCUGAUACAAUACAUCUGGCAGCAUCAGUCAUUCAACCUCAAGUAUCAUCCUGAGAAAGGAGGUGUCCCUGCUCACAUUGGAGGUAGCACUCAGUUUGGGGACAAUGUGGAGGAUGAGUGGUUUAUUGUUUACCUCCUACAGCAAAUAACAGAAGCCUUCCCAGAGCUUGCAGCCAGAAUUGAGGACAAUGAUGGAGAGUUUCUUCUGAUUGAAGCAGCAGAUUAUCUUCCCAAGUGGCUGAAUCCAGACACCAGUGAAAACAGGGUCUUCUUCUAUAGGGGACACCUGCACAUUCUGCCCUGUCCCUCCAAAUCCAGUCCAGUGGGGGUGUCAAAAGAUGUGGUUCCAAGUAUGGCACAAGCUCUAGCACUUCUCUCCACCCACCCAGAGGCCUGUCAGGCAAGCCCCAAGAUUUGUUCAGCCCUGAGGAAGCGACUAGAGGGGUACCCAGAGAAGAUUACAACCGGCCUGCAUCGUGCUCACUGCUUCAUACCUGCAGGUAUUGCCACAGUGUUAGCACAGCGACCAGACCUGGUCGCCCCUGCAGUGUCUUCCUUCUACCUGCGGGAUCCAGUAGAUCUACAGGCGUGUCGAAGCUUCAAGACCUUUCCUCCUGAUACACGAGUCCUCACCUCGGUAACAUUCACACGUUGCCUGUACGCCCAGCUGCAGCAGCAGCAGUUCAACCAAGACCGGAGGAGCGGCUUCACCAUGCCUCCUCGCUCUCAUCCCCAGUACAAAGCUCAUGAGCUUGGCAUGAAACUGGCCCAUGGCUUUGAGAUCAUGUGCUCUAAGUGCAGGCUGCCGUCAUCAGAGCCUGAUGCCCCCAUCAGUUGUAACCCUCAGUGGAAAGGCUUCAUGGACAGUCUGAAAAAGAACAACUACUUCAGGGGAGAGCUGGAAGGUUCGGUGCGUUACAGGGAACUGACUAGAUCUGCAGAAAACUUCUUCAAACAGUCUGUCGCCUCAACGUCAAGUGCUUCGUCACCGGGUGAGGAGGUUCUCCAGCUGCUGCACAGCUGCAAUCCAUUCAAAUUGGAGGAGCUAAAGAAACAAGAGUCACAGCUCCCCCAAGAGGACAGUGACAGCUGGCUGGAUAUCACAGCUCAAGAUUUGGAGCGCAUGUUGCAGGAGAGGAGCGGGGGGAGAGCUGAUGCUGGGAGCCAAAACUCCAGGUCCACCAAACAGAGACAACAUGUUGGGGGUGCAAAAGAGAGGAGAAAGGAGGAGACGGAGGACAGCAAAGAGGAGGAGGAGGCCGGUUACAGCCUGGUAGCAGUCAGUCAGGGCAUGAAAAACUUCCUCAGUGCCAUGUCAUCGCAUGAGGGUGCUGAACUGCCCUGUUUUUCUCUGUGUUCCAGGAGCAGUUCAACUCAGCCUUUUAGUUUUGACCCCGACUCCAUGGCCAAUGCGCUGGACAGAGUACUAGGAAGCAAAGAAGACGAGCUAGACUCGGAUGAUCUGAGUGAUGAUGACGACGAAGAAGAUGAUGAGGGGGAGGAGAGGGAGGAAAAAGAAGAGGGGUCAUCCGGUCAUGCAGAGAUGAAUGGGACAGAAACUUUGGACGGUCUCAGAGCAUACAUGGACCAAAUGGAUCAGGAGCUGAUGAGCACUAAUAUAGGACAAAGCUUCAAUCUGACUAAUUGCAACAAGGCAGGUUUGGGCAAUGGCUCCCCUCAUCCCUCUGCCACAGACGGACUUCCGACAAAUGGAGGAGCGGAGGAGAUGGAGGAGGAGAUCCAGCCCCUUGAUGUCGACCUCAACCUGGUCACAAACCUGCUGGAAUCCCUCAGCUGCCAGGCCGGCCUGGCCGGACCGACUUCUAACCUGCUGCAGAGUCUGGGUAUUCACCUACCACCCAACUCUGAUCCCUCAUAAAGGACGUAGAGAGGUAGAGGCAAUAUCUGGCACUCUCAAACACACAGCAAGGACCAGCAUCUGCAGCUAAGGAGGCUCCCCUUAAAGCUGGUAGCAGAAUGCCUUGAUACUUCUGUUGGCAAAGCACUUAUGGAUGUUGAGGACGUCCUGUCGAGUUUUUAUCUUAAACAAACAUGAUUUUGUUUUUUUACAUUCAAUGCCUCUCAGACAAACUUAAUGUGUGCACUGUAAAACUGUGUGCUUUGGGAAUGGAAAACACGGGUGCAUUUCCUACAUCAUAAAACAUUAGGAAAAAAAAUCUGUUGUUGUAUGCAUUGUUGUUGUAUACAGUUAACAUUAGACAACAUGAUUUACAAAUAUACUUAACAUACCAAAAUAACUUCAUAAGAUUAUUUAGCAGAUUGUUUUCUAUAUAUAUAUAUAUAUAUAUAUAUAUAUAUUUAUAUUUCUCUAUAAUGGUGUGAAAAUUGUGGUAUAAAUUUGCAUGCAUCUUCAGUAUUGGCAAUGUAAAUACAGAUUUAUUUUGUCAGUGUUGCCCUGA